AUGGGUUUAGCUCAAGACCAGAUAUUAAGUAACUUGCUGUACAGAACUGCUUUGAUAUAUGCAGUGCAAAAUAAUAUCUACAUAAAAACAACAAACCACUGGAAAUAUACUUUGGCACACAGUUUUCCACUUACUGCUAUUAUCAAUGUCUCAUAUAAAAUCUCGAAUAUUAAGCAGCAUUUCUUGGCAUUAGCUUCAUUUAUAAAUAUUUCUAUUGGCAAGGGAAUUAUACACCUUUACCCAUACAGCACAAAUACAUUGAUUAAUAUCUCCUUGCAUUGCAGAAUUGCUGAUGUUUUGUAUUUGUUUGCUGCUUAUAUUCUUGAAAUUGUCCUUGUGUACUUGAAAAUUCUUAGCGACGAGUCUUUAUUUGUACAAAAGCCGCUCUUUUUUUUGUUGUUUGUUCAACAUGAAGAUCUUAUUAAUAUAAUUAUAUAG